CGGGAGUGCACGUGGAGUGCUGCACUUCAUACCGGGGGCCUGUCUCUGGCUUGAACCCACUUUCGGUACUAUGGGGCGCAAGUUGGACCCUACAAAGAAGGAGAAGCGCGGGCCAGGCCGGAAGGCCCGGAAACAGAAGGGUGCCGAGACAGAACUCACCAGAUUCCUGCCUGCAGUAGGUGAUGAAAAUUCCAAGAGACUGUCUAGUCGUGCUCGAAAAAGGGCAGCCAAGAGGAGGUUGGGCUCUACUGAAGCCCCUAAGAGAUACAAGUCUCCUGGGACCAAACCUUUGCCUGGAAAGCUACCAAAAGGAGCUGUCCAGACAACUGGUGAGAAGGGAGCCCAGUCCUUAUUUAACGCUGCUCGAGGCAAGAAGCGCCCAGCACCAACCCGUGGCAAUGAUGAGGAAGAGGAGGAAGAAGACUCUGAAGAAGAUGGUGUGGUGAACCAGGGGGCCUUCUGGGGCUCUGAGGACAGUGAUGCUGAUAUGGUAGAUGACUAUGGAGCUGACUCUGACUCUCAGGAUGAGGAUGAAGAUGAAGAGUUGCUGCCCAUUGAAAGAGCUGCUCGGAAGCAGAAGGCCCAGGAAGCUGCUGGGGGCCAGUGGAGUGAGGAGGAGACAGAGGAAGAGGAAGAAGCAUCCCCUGAGUCAGGCUCCGCAAAGGAGGAGGAGACAGAUGGGGGCCUGCAGAUCAAUGUGGAUGAGGAGGAGCCAUCUGUGCUGCCCUCUGUUGGGGAGAUGGAGCAAGAUGCCCAGGCUCCAGACCUGCAAAGAGUUCACAAGCGGAUCCAGGAUAUAGUGGGAGUUCUGAAUGAUUUUGGGACUCAGCGGGAGGAAGGUCGGUCCCGUUCUGAAUAUCUGAAUCGGCUUAAGAAGGACCUGGCGAUUUAUUACUCCUAUGGCGACUUCCUGCUUGGCAAGCUCAUGGACCUCUUCCCUCUAUCUGAGCUGGUAGAGUUCUUGGAAGCUAAUGAGGUGCCCCGGCCCAUCACUCUCCGGACCAAUACCUUGAAAACCCGCCGACGCGACCUUGCUCAGGCACUAAUCAAUCGCGGGGUUAACCUGGAUCCUCUGGGCAAGUGGUCAAAGACAGGACUAGUGGUAUAUGAUUCUUCGGUGCCUAUUGGUGCUACCCCUGAGUACCUGGCUGGGCACUACAUGCUGCAGGGAGCCUCCAGCAUGUUGCCAGUCAUGGCCUUGGCACCCCAGGAACAUGAGCGGAUCCUGGACAUUUGUUGUGCCCCUGGAGGAAAGACCAGCUAUAUAGCCCAGCUGAUGAAGAACACAGGGGUGAUCCUUGCCAACGAUGCCAAUGCUGAGCGGCUCAAGAGUGUUGUGGGCAACCUGCAUCGGCUGGGAGUCACCAACACCAUCAUCAGUCACUGCGACGGGCGCCAGUUCCCGAAGGUGGUGGGGGGCUUUGACCGAGUGCUGCUGGAUGCUCCCUGCAGUGGCACUGGGGUCAUUUCCAAGGACCCAGCUGUGAAGACUAAUAAGGAUGAGAAGGACAUCCUGCGCUGUGCUCACCUUCAGAAGGAGUUGCUCCUGAGUGCUAUUGACUCUGUCAACGCCACCUCCAAGACAGGAGGCUACCUUGUCUACUGCACCUGUUCUGUCAUGGUGGAAGAGAAUGAGUGGGUGGUAGACUAUGCCCUGAAAAAGAGGAAUGUGCGGCUGGUGCCCACAGGCCUAGACUUUGGUCAGGAAGGUUUUACCCGCUUUAGGGAAAGGCGCUUCCACCCCUCUCUUCGCUCUACCCGACGCUUCUACCCUCAUACCCACAAUAUGGAUGGUUUCUUUAUUGCCAAGUUCAAGAAAUUCUCCAAUUCUUUUCCCCAGCCCCAAACAGGAAAUUCUGCAACAGCCACCCCUACAAAUACAGACUUGCCUGACCUGAAGGGUCAGGUCACCCCCAAGUCUAAGAACAGCAGCCAGCCAGCCAAGAAGGCCAAAGGGUCUACAAAGGCAAAGCAGCAGUUGCAGAAACAGCAGCAUCCCAAGAAGGCCUUCCACAAGCUGAAUGGCAUCUCCAAAGGGGCAGACUCAGAAUUGUCCACUGUACCUGCCGUCACAAAGGCCCAAGCUUCCUCCAAGCUCCAGGGGAGUAGUCGGCCAGCUAAAAAAGCUGAAGUGACUGGGAAACCAAAGGUGACUGGGAAGCUAAAGCAGCAAUCACCUGAAUUGCAGUCCUCCAAGAAAGUUGCCUUUGUGAAGCAGAAUGCCCCUCCCAAGAGCAUGGACACAGAAAUGUCUGCUGUGCUAUCCCUCUCCAAGACCCAGGCCACCCCGAAGCCUAAGGAUCGUCAUCAGCCCCUUGGGAAGGCCAAAGGGCCUGAGAAGGUAAAGCAGCAGUUGUCAGAGCAGCCUUUCAAGAGGGCUGCCUUCCAGAAACAGAAUGGCACCCCAGAAGGGCCUCAGAUUCCCACGGUGUCUCCGCUGAGUUCCAGCCGGCCCCCACCAGCAAAAAGGAGGAAAUCUCAGUCCAGGGACAACAGCCAGCCACUGCUGUCGUAGAUGGAUGGUUGAAAACUAGACUGAGGUGGCUCACUGCUAUUGUCACUGGGUUGGAACGCUUACCUCUGUGAGGAUGGCUUCC